AGUACACUUAGGACAGGGUCAUUAAUUAACAUAGUCCCCAGAAUUUCCUUUCUCGACCCAUCUUCCCAUCCCAUCAUCUUCACCUACCGAAUCGAAACAGUUCAACCUCCUGUUUCUCUCUAUCCUUUUUUAUCCCCCAAGUACAAUCACUCAACCAAGUCAUCAUGUUCAACUGGGCUAAGCAACAACUGGCCAAUGUCGCCGGCACUCAGGAGCCCAUCUACGGUCCCUCUGCCAUCAAGUCUGUUGCCAUCGAGGCCGAAAAGACUCCCUACACCGAAGUCACUCGAGAUGGCUUGAAGUGGAAGGCCAUGGACUCGACCUCUGUCGAGACUGAGAGUUUCUACAUCACUGCCGACAACGGUUACAUCGCUCUUGCCCAGGUCAUCUAUAGCAACGUUGCCGGCAUUCGAACAACCUGCCAGUUCAACUGCAAGGUCUUCGACAAGGACCCUACAAAGCCCCACCUCUGGGCCUCAACACCUCUCAACAACCAAGACUUUAACGAGGACAAGACGAGUUUCUACGCCGAUGACUGCGCCGUUGAGCUGUCCGAGGAUGGCACCUACUACACCAUCAAGAGCAUGAACAGCCAGGACGCCAUCGUUAACCUGAAGAUCACCCGCUCUACCCCUGGUUUCCAGGCUGGCACCACAGGCACAACCCUGUACGGCACCGACCACAACAACCCAUGGGGAUCCAUCAGGCAUGCUUUCUGGCCUCGCUGUGUCUCCGAGGGUACCAUCACUACCAAGGAGGGUCCCAUCGACUUGAAGGGCAAGGCUCUUUUCGUCUACGCCCUCCAGGGCAUGAAGCCUCACCAUGCCGCUGGUCGAUGGAACUUUGUCAACUUCCAGGGUCCCACCUACUCAGCUAUCAUGAUGGAGUUUACCAGCACCCCAUCAUACGGCUCAACCCUCGUCAACGUGGGUGGCAUCGUCAAGGAUGGCGAGAUCAUCCAUGCUGGCGCCAUGAGCACGGCUACUCACACUCAAGUUAAGAAGGAUUCCGAGAACGAGUGGCCCGAGCCCAGUGAGGUCAAGUACACCUGGUCUGGUGCGACCAAGGAUGCAAAGCCUGUCGAGGCCUCAAUUGAAGGACCUCUCGGCGAGCGAGUUGACCGAGUUGACGUCAUGGCUGAGGUCCCUGGUUUCGUCAAGACGAUUGUUGCAGCAGCAGCCGGCACAAAGCCUUACAUCUACCAGUACCACCCCAAGCUCUCCCUGAAGCUCAAGAUCGGCGACGAGGAGAUCGUCGAAGAGGGUGUCAUGUUCACCGAGGCCACCUUCAUCUCAUAAGGUAGAGGCUAGACGAUAGAAAGAAAGACGGGGCCGAUAUUAUGUUUUAUUUUCUGGAUUCGUCUUUUUUCUUUUAAUAUUCAGAGUACCAACCUCUGUUUUUUCUCUUUUUCAUCAAAACAAACAAAGACAUUGGGUAAUACAGUAAUCGACACUUUUGAGAGGAGGGCGGGGAGUCUCGGCGUUGGAGACUGACGGCUUGGUCACUCGUUUGAAUGGAUACGAUAUACUACAGACACUACUUACUACACUACAAGUGAUGCCCUU